AUGCAACUUAUAGGGCGUGUUCGAUCAUUUCUUGCUGAUUGUCCAUUUCGAGAAUUCUUGGAAACUCAGUACUUCCAUCGGUAUUUGCAGUGGAAAUGGUUGGAGAAAAGGCCUGUGGAUAAACACACAUUUCGCCUAUACCGAGUACUCGGAAAAGGAGGCUUUGGAGAAGUUUGCGCAUGUCAAGUGAGGGCUUCUGGAAAAAUGUAUGCUUUGAAGAAAUUAGAAAAAAAAAGGGUGAAAAAACGUCAUGCAGAAAUCCUCAGUUUAAACGAAAAGCAGAUCCUUCAAAAGAUCAAUUCUCCUUUUGUGGUCAGUCUUGCAUAUGCAUACGAGACAAAAGACGCUCUUUGCUUAGUUUUGACACUGAUGAAUGGAGGUGAUCUGAAAUUUCACUUGUACAAUCUAAUGCCUGGUGGAUUCGAAGAAAAGCGCGUACAAUUUUACGCUGCAGAAAUCACGCUUGGUUUGCAGCAUUUGCACAAAGAGCGCAUAAUUUAUAGGGAUUUAAAGCCAGAAAAUAUUCUACUUGAUGAUUACGGUCAUGUCAGAAUAUCAGACUUGGGACUAGCUGUAGAACUCAGAGACAACGAAUGUAUAAAAGGUCGUGUUGGUACAGUUGGCUAUAUGGCUCCAGAAAUUAUCAAAAAUGAACGAUACUCGUAUGGUGUUGAUUGGUGGGGAUUAGGUUGCUUAAUAUACGAAAUGAUUGAAGGAAAGGCUCCUUUUCGACAGCGAAAGGAAAAAGUUAAACGUGAGGAAGUUGAACGACGGAUUCGUGACGAUCAAGAAAAGUAUUCAAACAAAUUUAGUGAAUCCGCGAGGACUGUCUGCAGAGGUCUCUUACACAAAGAACCAGGUUUUCGACUUGGAUGUCGCAGUGUUGGUAAACCUGAAGCUGGUGCGGAGGAACUUAAAAGACAUGCAUUUUUCUCACAAGGCGAUUCUAGCGUAGGUAGAGAGCCAGUGCCUUGGAAGAAAAUGGAAGCAGGAAAAUUGACGCCACCAUUUUGUCCUGAUCCCAGAGCGGUUUAUGCCAAAGAUGUUCUUGAUAUUGAGCAAUUCAGCACUGUGAAGGGUGUACGUUUGGAUGCUACUGAUAGCCGGUUUUACGGUAAAUUUAGUACUGGAUGUGUUUCUAUACCGUGGCAAAACGAGAUGAUUGAAACAGAAUGCUUCCAAGAACUUAAUGUCAUGGAAGUGAACGGGGAGUUAACAUCGGAUUUGCGGAAUGAUUCGUUUAGGAAUGAAAACACCAGAAAUGAGACGAAUGAUACAUUUGGAUUUUUGAAACGUCUAUUCAGACGUAAGAAUUGA